CACCUCGAGACUCUUAAACCCUUCCUUGAAACCCUUUCACACAAUCUGAGGGAAUCCCACAUAAUCAAAGGAGUAGAAAAAAGGGGCUUUAAUCUUCCACUCGCGUAACCUUGCUCUCGGGGAAUGGCCUCUACCAUCGGUCUCCUGCCCAAGAAACACUUCCUGUGCUCUCUGUGUGAGCACAUCUUCACCGACCCCGUGAGCAUACCCUGCGGCCACAGUUUCUGCAAAGUGUGCCUGCGCAAAUACUGGACCCAGGCCGGGGCUGAGCGCUGCCCGUCCUGUAAGAGGGCCUUCGGGUCACGACCCCACCUCAGCGUCAACCGCAUCCUGGCAGACGUUACCGAGAACUACAGGACGACACGACAGGCAGCCAAACAGGAGGGCCACAGCGAGGAGAAAACUGAGAAGAGCGCAGAGGAACUGCAGCAGAUGAUUCAGGAGCGGCUGCAGAAGGUGGAUAAGCUGAAGAACUCCCUGCAACUGCUCAAAAGCUCGUGUCAGAGAGAGGUGCUGGAGAGCAACCGUGUGUUCUCCGCUCUGGUCAGCUCCAUCGAGCAGAGCCAGAUGCUGGUGGUGGCGGCGGCGGAGGAGAAAGAGCGGCAGGCCGAGAAGCGCGUGAGCAGGCUGGUGCGGGAGCUGGAGCGCGAGAUCCGAGAGCUGCGCGAGGGGAAGGCCAAUCAGGAAGAGCCGCAAACACAGAUGAAGAGAUGGAGUUCACGCAUUACCCUAGAGGAGCGAGAGAUGAGGGACUGGUCCAGGGUUUCCUUGGAGACAGACCCAUGCGUGGGCGUCACCAGGAGGGCAGUGCUUGACCUGGUGGACAAAGUUCUGAUGGAGGCCAAUAGACUCACCAAAUCAGAGCUAAAAAGACUUCAAAAAUACUCAGUGGAUAUCACCCUGAACCCCCAGACGGCCCAUGCCUACCUCGUCCUCUCUGACGACAAGAGGCAAGUCAGGCAUGGUGACAAGCGGCAGGAAAUCCCCGAAAGCCCCAAAAGGUUCGACCGCAUGACCAACGUCCUGUCCAAGGAGAGCUUUCUCUCGGGCAGACACUACUGGGAGGUGGAGGUGGGCAGCAAGACCGAGUGGGACCUGGGUGUGGUCCGCCACUCGGUCAACAGGAAAGGGAAGUUCACUGUCUGCCCGGCUAACGGCUUCUGGACCGUGAGCAUGAGAAACGGGUGUCAGUACGUUGCCAACACGUCGCCGCCCACCUCCCUGGCCCUGCGCCACAAGCCGAAGAGGGUCGCCGUGUUCGUGGACUACGAGGAGGGAAGGACGUCCUUCCUCUGCGUGGACAGUGGCGCCCACAUCCACACCUUCAUGGACGCGUUCACAGACAGGCUCCAUCCUUUCUUUGGGCCCGGGAGGCCCCAUGGAGGAAAGAACACAGCUCCUCUUAUUAUCACCAGCAACUGCUGCAGCAUCUGAAUAUCAUGUACCCUUCUACAAAACCGACAAGACUAUGUAUUCCACUUAUCUCUCUGGUUUAUCUCUCUGAUUGCACACAAAAUGCUCACCUAUGUGUGUGCCUUAGAGACACGUUCCUUGUCAUUUAUUUAUUUCUGAUUCAAGUAUGGAGUAUAUGCCACCUAGCCAUCUAAAAAUGAAUAAAUAUGAUUUCAUUUGUAUGCACUGUAUUUGGUUCAGUACUCUAAAGAUAUUUGAGGAUUAUAGUUGGAUCAGUGGAAUUUCAAGAUCGUAUCAUAAGUCACAUGAACACGGUGUCCUGACAUACAUGGUUUCGGUCCCUAUAUCAACGGUGUUUGACCGGUUAUUUACAGACACGCUCUAUAGAUCAGAUCAGAGGAAAGAUGUGAACAAAGACCUUAGCCUCAGUCUAUUCAUCACACAGGUAAGGAGGAAACACAGAAGGUCAUAUCAGUCCUUCUCAGCUAUUUAUAGUCCAGGGUAAAGAAAGCAGCUAAAAAGAAUGUUACAUAAAACACGAUCUGAAAGGAAACACUCAAUGGCGACAAUCAUUAGGGACCCCUGCUGAACCCAUAAAACAU